GCCUUCCUUUCAGAGCCAACCCUGAUCGCUGCUGCUCUGCUGCCAAACUGCCAAAGCUCCAAGCUCGCCGGACUAGUCCGCCGCUCCGCCUGUUGCCGGACCAGUUACUCGCUCACCGCCGAAUUUCUCUGACGAAAGGGAAAAUACCAAAGGAAGAGUACCCAAAAAAAACUAUGGAGCAGUUACCGGCUUUACAUUAUUAUGGGGUGAUGAGGGGAAGGAAGGUCUCUAACAUUGCAUUGCAGAGCAUCACCCCUCCAUUCUUUAGGGCCAAGCCUAGCAUACAGUGAACUGAUCUCGAGACAAGUAGGAACUUGCUUGAUAAGGACUUUUCUGUUUUGUUUGGAGGUAUAUUGAGCUGGUGUUUACUAAAUUCCGUUUGAUUUGAUCCGAUUGAGAGGGAGGACUGAGAAGCCACCAUGGGAGAGAGAAAGGUUUUGAACAAGUACUAUCCGCCGGAUUUCGAUCCGGCGAAGAUACCGCGCCGGAGGCAGCCGAAGAACCAACAGAUGAAGGUUCGAAUGAUGCUUCCAAUGAGCGUUAGAUGCAAUACCUGCGGGAAUUAUAUCUACAAGGGCACCAAAUUCAACUCCCGCAAAGAAGACGCCGUAGGCGAGAACUAUUUGGGUAUUCAAAUAUUCAGAUUCUACUUCAAGUGCACAAAGUGCUCCGCAGAGAUCACAUACAAAACGGAUCCAAAAAAUUCUGAUUAUAUUGUUGAGUCGGGUGCAACAAGGAAUUUUGAACCUUGGCGUGAACAAGAUGAGGAAAUGGAGAAACAUAAACAGAAAAGAGAUGCUGAAGAAAUGGGUGAUGCUAUGAAGUCAUUGGAAAAUAGGACGUUGGAUUCAAAAAGAGAAAUGGAUAUUCUUGCUGCUUUGGAUGAAAUGAAAUCCAUGAAGUCAAGACAAGCAACCGUGAGUGUGGAAGCAAUGCUUGAGGCUCUUAGACACUCUGCUGAGGAAAAGGAAAGGAAAAUGCUGGAAGAAGAGGAAGCUCUUAUUAAAUCUUUAUUCAAAGGAGAGCGAGAGAAGUUUGUAAAAAGAAUCCGUGAUGAUGAAAUUGAAGAUGACGAUGAUGAUGAUGAUGAUGAAGAUUUGGAUAUACCACAAAAGAGUGGAGAAUCAUCAAUCAAUUUUCUUAAGAGGAGAAAGCUACCUGAGGAACUAUGUAGUAACCCUACAGAUGUCUUGACAAAAUCCAGUGCCACUGACAACUCUAGUGACAAAGAUAAAGCGGUGGGGAAAGGGGAUUCUGGUAAUGAAAAAUUCAUUUUUAAGUCGUCAUCAGUUAAAGUUGCUGUAGUCAAGAAGAAAUCUUUGGCUUCUAGUAGCAAGGAGAUUGUAGAGGAAGAAAAGGUGGACAUAGAAGACGAAGGCAAAGCCAAGCAGGAGGAAGAAGAGCCAAGCAGCCUGAAAAGCAAUGGAUUACUAUCAUUAUGUCAACAAUAUGAAAGUGAUGAUGAUGAUGAUGAUGAUGAUGAUUAGUUUGAGUAUUUAUGAAUCUUAAUUGUCUAAGAUAUGUGUACUGUCAUAACUUUGGUGCAAUAACAGAUUAUUUGAGUUCAGCUCAUGCCAGCUCUUGGAGGAUUAGAAAGUGGUGCAUAUGGGAAAAUAUUUCACAUUUUUUCAAGAAAUGAUAACGUUAAAUCAA